AUUUUCUUAACAGAGCAGCAUUUUAACCCCAGCCAAAAAAGUGCUGCUGCUAGGGAGGAUGUGUGCCAUACUUGCAGCCUGUCACUGCGGGAGGGUUCUUGAGUCGUAUCAAGGAGACGCCUGAGGCAGGAUCUUAAAGGAUUAUACUUUGACUAUGUAUUUUCAACAGUACUGGAGAGAUAAGAGACUGGCUUAUGCUGGCAUACCUCUCAACCUCACCCUUGAUAAUCGAGUGGCAGAUCAGCUCUGGGUGCCUGACACUUACUUCUUAAAUGACAAGAAAUCGUUUGUGCAUGGUGUUACUGUGAAGAAUCGGAUGAUUCGCCUUCACCCAGAUGGAACGGUGCUUUAUGGCCUCAGAAUCACAACCACUGCAGCUUGUAUGAUGGACUUGAGAAGAUAUCCAUUAGAUGAACAGAACUGUACUCUGGAAAUAGAAAGCUAUGGCUAUACAACGGAUGACAUAGAGUUCUACUGGAGAGGUGGAGAUAAUGCAGUCACUGGCGUAGAAAGAAUUGAACUUCCUCAGUUCUCCAUUGUGGAAUACAGACUAGUGUCAAAGAAUGUUGUCUUUGCCACAGGUGCCUAUCCAAGACUCUCACUGAGCUUCAGGUUGAAGAGAAAUAUUGGAUACUUUAUUCUUCAAACCUACAUGCCCUCCAUACUGAUUACUAUUUUAUCAUGGGUGUCAUUCUGGAUCAAUUAUGAUGCAUCAGCAGCAAGAGUUGCCCUUGGAAUUACAACUGUGCUGACUAUGACAACAAUCAACACUCAUCUGAGAGAGACUUUACCCAAAAUUCCAUACGUUAAAGCCAUUGACAUGUAUCUUAUGGGCUGCUUUGUAUUUGUCUUCUUGGCCUUACUUGAAUACGCCUUUGUCAACUAUAUUUUCUUCGGAAAAGGCCCUCAGAGGCAGAAGAAACUUGCAGAAAAAACAGCAAAGGCAAACAACGAUCGCUCAAAAUUUGAAGGCAACCGGGUGGACACCCAUGGAAAUAUUUUGCUAACAUCACUGGAAAUGCACAAUGAGGUGGCAAGCAAUGAGGUCACAACCAGUGUUACUGAUGCCAGAAAUUCAACCAUAUCCUUUGACAGCUCAGGAAUCCAGUACAGAAAACAAAGCUCACAUCGCGAAAGCCUUGGAAGGCGCUCAUCAGAAAGAACAGGCACCCACAGCAAGAGGACCCAUUUACGAAGAAGGUCUUCACAACUGAAAAUAAAAAUCCCUGAUCUAACAGAUGUGAAUGCCAUCGACAGAUGGUCAAGAAUGGUGUUUCCAUUCACAUUUUCUCUUUUCAACUUAAUUUACUGGCUAUACUAUGUUAACUGACUGACUGAACUUUUUUAAAGGACUUCAAUUACAAGUGAAGCACUACUUGCCUGCAGAGAAUAUAUAUAUUUAUAUAUAAAAAUAUAUAUGAACUUUUACUGUGUAGAGAAAACUCAUGUAUGUGUGAAUACAUAUAUCACAGAAUUGUGUGUAUAUGUAAGCACACUGAAAAGCAAAAGUAUAUAUAUGCACACAUACAUGUACAUGUUCAUUCUGAGGUUACGGACAAUUUAUCAUAGAAUGCACUUCAAAGGAACUUUUUACAUUGAAAGGCAGAUGUCGUCACAAGAACAAGCCUUGAGAAAGUAAGUGUUGUAUAUCAUUACUACAAAAUUUUGAUUGUCAUAGAAAUUUUCAAACAAACAGCUGUAAUGGUGUAUAUAGUCAGUAUUUAGUAACAUUGUUUGUAAAUGCUGCCAUACGCGCUAAUCAUAAAAUGAUAGCGAUACAUUGGUGAGUUUAAAAUAAGGCAUUUAUAUUGCAGAUCCAUCGACUGUAAUUUCAUCAAGCCAAAUUUGUUUUUCUUUGCUAAAAUGUCUUGGUUUUAUAUAUGUUGUAAUAGAAUUUUUCCCAGUCAUGAAUGAGUGUCAUUUUUUAGUGAUCUCUUGCUUUCUCUCCAGCAGUAAGCAAGCUGAUCCUAGGGGUGUUGCUCUAGGUCUUUGGAGACAUAUACAUGUUCAUCAUAUUUCAAACAAGCAUUUUAAGUGUCCAUCAACAGUGAAAAGAAUCUUUUGUAAGUACUGUAAAUGUGCAGCACAUUUUCCUUCCCGUGGACUAAUUCCAGCUGCCAUGUCAUUUUGAAAGAGAACAGCACAUUUUUAGUGUAAUUUAGCUGAGAAUUCAACUACUGUCAAUGUGUUCUACAUCUGCUAUAGAUUUAAAGAUUGUUAUUGCAGUGAAAGCAUAGAAGAUGUCUCAGGUUAUUUACUACUUCAAUGUGAAACCGUCUAGAUGUAGUCUUUUUUAAACACACAUUCACAUUAUUUAACAUUCUUAUAACAUUGUAUGUUAAUGUAAAAUAUGUUUGCAUAAUAUGCAUAUAUAAGUAUAUUUUCUCAAUAUUUUUCUUUUUUGUGCUUGCUAUCGUGACCGCAUGCUAUGUCAUAUUUUUGUUUCUGUGAUGUUACAAACUUUUUAUUCUCUAGAAUUGAGCAAAUAGAGCACUUCUAAAACUUUGAUUCAGUAAUGGAGCAUUUUCAUAUUUUAUUUAUAUACUUACAGUAUACACACGUACACUUAUAAAACUAGUGUGCUGCAGUCACAAAUCACAAAAGAUAGCAAACAGUGUGUCUUGUUUCAACAUUAACUGUGUUCAAAGAUUUUCUUCAUGUGAAUAUGGCCAGUUUUGUUUUCAUUCCAGUUCGCUCCCUCAUCAGGAUUCUAACUUUUUCAGCCUAGUAGAUUGUAGUUGUCAAGGUAUACCAAUUUCAAAUCUGUAAAACUUAAUUUGUUAUUUAUCACCACUGAACCUUUCUAAAGAAAAGAAGAUAUAUUUUUUGUAAACAGUGUUUCUACCAUGUACGCUCACAAAUAACAACAGAUACAGUAGCAUGAAUAGAUCUAAAAAAAAAAAAAAAUUCCAGGUGUGGCCCUGCCAAUUCUCUGCAUGUAGAAUUCCUGUGGAAAUCAAUGGGAAUUUUUGGCAGAUAGAGAGCUUUGAAUGCUAAUAGAGACAUCUGCGGGAGAAAAAUGUGUGGAUAUGCAUCUAUCAAAAAACCCCAGAUGGGAUGAAACUGGGAAGGCUGCCUUGGCUCUGUAAUGACCUGUAUUCUCAGUAGUACCUGAUUUAUCUGGGAGUAAAGCAGUGACACUUGCGCUGCUGCGGCAUACAGUCUGUUGUUUCCAUCCUCGACUGUUCGCAACUGAACUGUGAAACUUCCCUCUGGGCUGAAACUCAGCGUAGAACAUCUUGCGUUACAAAGUUGUUGUAAUCCCAGCCUUGGGGUUGCUUCUUGAACAGCAGCGCGCACCACACUGUUCUGCCUUGCAGCAAAACUGCAAUGUGAUCCCCAGCCUGGAGCAUUUACAGUAACCCCAGAUGCCAGCGCGUGCAGGAUCAGCACCGCAGUCCUGCUGCAUCGCUGGCAGUGGUGCAAAGCACCUAAGACUGCAGUUUUCAAGCGCUGCGUCUGCAAACAACUAUACAGUAUGAAGAGCCUGAAAGAAAUCCGUAUAGCUGGAACAGAAAAAAACGUUUUUUGAAAGCUCCUCAGUAUUAGCUCCCAUUGGUAAACCGUAAUAUAUUACAGGGUUGCUAAUACCUUUUCAAACUGUGAAGGGAUUAUAGAGCACAUUGUUAUCAUUAUAAUCAAAGUAAUUAAACAAUUCACCCCCUCCCGAAGUACAUAUUUAGUAGAAUUGUUAAAAAGCCUUCCCGAGAUUUUUUCUUAAUAUCAAAAUAUAAUUAAAAAAUUUUAAUUUUAAAAAACUUACAACCUGUAGCUUUUAUGGAGAAAAAUUACCUUCAUAAAAUGAUCUUCGAGGAAGUCUUUCAGUAAGUGCUCUGAACACCUAUGCUGAAAAAUGGGAUUCAAGACGACAGUGGUCUCAUGCUCACGAUUUAAUCACGGUUCUCGCUUUUCUUGAAGUCCUGGCUCCUGGAAUCCUGUGCUCAGGCAUGGAUCUUUAACAGCAAGGAGACUAUUUUAGUUGUGAUUGAUGGAAAUGUGUAUUCUGGAUCCUGUUGAAGUCAUCAGUGACUUCAGUCAGGAUUUUCAAGUAGAUGGGAAAAUUAUAGUCUUGCCUGAGUAAAGAAGCAGUACACAUUUUCAGGACCCAGGAAUGUGCAGGAAAACAAACAGGGUCUCUGAGGACGCCCCCUGUGCUCCCCUUUGCACAACUGGAGGGAGGCAUGUUACUGCAUCCCCUUUCAUGAAGCAGUACUUUACACCACCACCUUCUCCUCUCCUUGCCAAAAAUAGGCAAUUGGACACUUCAGCUUUUUCACAGGAUUUCAUGUUCAUGAGUCCAGCCGAGUUCCACGGGACACAGAGAGCUUGAACCUUGAACAGAUACAGCUAUGGGUUUGACUUGAAAAAAAGCCGGGAAAUUGCCACUUAAGGUUAACACUCCAUCCUUAACACACACUUUUGUGCCUUUUUUGCCAAUUCCCUUCCUCCAGUCCCUGCACCACUUCUUACACACAGAUGGACACACAACCAUGUGUUAAGAAUAGUGUUUGCCUUGAUCUCUCAUUUUCUGGCUAUUGUCACUUUAUGCUAACUGCAGUGUAUGAUUUUAACUAUAGGUGGCUUUGAGACUAAAAUGGUAAUUCCAACCAAAUUGCGCCAGAGUAAUGUAUUUCAUAGCUAAUUAACUCAUUUCUAACUCACACUACUAUAAAUAACAUUUACACAUCAUUUGUUUGUGAAAGGCAUUAAAGAAAACUGGAAUUAGCUUGUGUUGUGUAGCCCAAAGGGUCAAUAAACAGUAGAAAUAUGAUGGUGGUUUAACUCCGAGUUGAUUUCAUCCCAUUGUAAAGAUAAACUAAAACCCAGUCCUUUUUGCUUACGGCACAUUUCUGUAUUUUUGGUAUUCUUCAGCAAUGGAAAAAAAAGGAUAGUAAAAUGGAAUGAUGAAGAGAUGCUUUAUGAAAAUAUUGAUGAAUGAAUAUUCAUUUAUUAA